AUGGGAGCAACCCCUUUUCACCCCUCCAUCCUCAAGGUUCGGCUGCCGAAACACUUCGACAAGCCAACGGAUAUGAGAUAUGAUGGAACCCAGGACCCUCAGGAACACCUGACGGCCUUUGAGGCCAGGAUGAACCUCGAGGGUAUUGGUGAUGCGGUGAGGUAUCGUGCUUUUUCUGUGACCUUGGCAGGACCGGCAAUUUGGUGGUUCAAUGCGCUUCCUCAAGGGUUCAUUACGACCUUCUCGGACAUAACUCACAGCUUUUUAGCACAGUUCACCACACACAUUGCCAAAGCUAAGCACCCUAUUAACCUUUUAGGGGUCACCCAAAGAGCCGGGGAGCCGACUAGGAAGUUCCUCGAUAGAUUCAACGACGAGUGCCUAGAAAUUGACGGCUUGACCGACUUAGUGGCCAGCCUAUGCCUGAUGAACGAUUUGUUAAAUGAAGACUUCAGAAAGAACCUUACUACCAAGCCCGUGUGGACAAUACAAGACAUCCAGAACGUGGCCAGAGAGUACAUUAAUGAUGAGGAGGUUCGCCAGGUGGUGGUGUCCAAUAAGCGACAACAGGCCAACCCUCCCCCCCGUCAACCCGGGCACGAGGAAAGGUCGAAAGAACCCUCCAAGGACGGAGGAUCAGCUAAACCUUUCAAGCCUUUCCCUCGAGUUGGAAAGUUCUCAAACUAUACCUCUCUUACGGCCCCAAUCGUGGAAGAUUGUUUUGAUCUAAAGGACGCCUUGGAGAAAGCCAUCCGCGAUGGCAAGCUGACUAAGUUUUCCCAGUUCAUAAGGGAGCCUAGGCAAAGGGGGCACGAACGUUUCAAGGAUGAUCAAGACCUGGCCAUGAAGCUGAGACAAGGGGCUAGCGAAUACGUAGACAAUGCCCUCACUGUGGUCAACAUCGUGGUUGGGAGAAACGCGCCCCUCAGAUCAAGGUCCGCUACCAAAAAGGACACCAGAGUCUUGGCCGUAUCAUCAGGGAGCCAUAGGCCCCCGUCCAGGGAACUUCCGAGAAUAUCAUUUGGGCCAGAAGACCAGUGGUUUCAUGACAUCCCGAAAAACCCCCUGUGGUGA